AUGGUUUCCUUCCGCUCCUUAUGGCUUCUGGCCCUAGCGCCUUUUGCCCAUGGGGGGCCUACUUCUACUGCCACCAGUCAGCCUACCUCCACUGCUGAACCCAGUGGGACUCCCGUCCUAGAUAAGACAUAUGACUACAUUAUUGUUAGCGGUAAUGCUGGUGGUCUUCCCAUCACUAACUGCCUCAGUGAAGCUGGCAAGAAGGUCCUCCUCAUUAAGAAAGGACCUCUAUCCUCUGGCUGUUAG